AUGACGUCUCCAAUCCCCCGCUCCCCUAGCCAGUACAUUCCAGUCGAUGCCAAAGUCUGGGAUAUGAUCUUCCUUGACACGAAGACUAAGGUCAACAAGAAGCAAAAAGACGCAGCUGCUCUCGUAUCUGCCUCCCAGAUCACAGCCAAGGACAUUGACAUCCGCGACUGGUCCUUUGCCGACCGUCAAAUGCUAGUCAAGGGUGACCGUAUCCAGAUCUUUAUCGACGGCGUGCUUAUAACGACAAUCUCGAAGCCUUUGCUACGCGCAACUUCUGCAACGGUUGGCGACAUUCUCAAAGACGGUACGAUCGAGCUGCCAGCAGACACUGACGAGAGCGGUGUGCUUCGUGUGGUAGAAUAUCUUCAAGCCAUCGUCAAGGUCACUGCGAAGCCGCUUCCUUUUACUCGCGCCCUGAAUAUGGCCAAGACAUUAGGUGUAUGUGCUGCAGCUCGUGCACUUGGAAUGGACAAGUACACUGUCCACUUGUACAAGAAGUGCGAAGCUCUUCUUCGACAUGAUCCGCCGGCGUACGAAGACAUUGACGCCAUCAUUGCGUUCAAGACUAGUCACGAGCGUCUUUUCAAGAUUGUCGUCAAUGGCCUCAUCAAGCAUGUAUGGGAAGGCACGAUACCGGAUCCUGAAGACUUUGCUGUUUGUCUAGCGAAAAACCCUAUUCUCGACGAUGCCAUCAAGAUAGCGGUCCAGAAGCAUGACUCCUAUCUCCGCAAGAUGAAGAGGCUUGCCAAACGCGGUGCCCGAGAGGAAGCGAAUCAGGCUCGUCACGAGGCCUAUCUCCUGGAGAAGGCUGAGCGUGCGGCCAAGAAGCAGGCAGACGAAAAGGCCUUCUUCGCUGCGAAGGCUGCGAAAGACGCGGCCUUGGACAAAUCUAUUCAGAAGAAAAUCCGGGCUAGCGAGCCAAAGGAGAGGAAGUUCACCGCGGAAGAGAAUGUGCACUACUGGCGCAUGUACAGCAAGAAGCCGCCUCAAGGAUGCUAG